AUGGCGGCGAAUCGGGUGUUUUCUUGUAUCAAAAAGGUUGGUUCAAAUAAUUUGGAUGUUGGAAGGUUUAGGGAGUAUUCUUGGGUGUACUGUACAUAGUUAUGAGGCGGUAGUUUUAUAAAAAAGGCUAAAAUGUUGUUUAAGAAAACGUUUCAUCAGACUAAAUCGAAAAGUUGAGUAGAAAAACAUUGGGAAAUUUUAAAGAGUUGCUUACCAACAUGUUUUUCUGAAACAAAAAUUUUACAAUUUUGGUUCAUAAAUUUCACAUGAUUAUGGUUAAUUUGUCCCAUUUCAUAAAAAUGAUCCAAGUUCCGAUAUUCCAACUCACAAAGUCUUCUUCAAAAUGUUCUCCCAAUUUUCGAAUUUUUUCCACAAAACUUUAUUCACCUUGGGAUACGCAAUUGACCAAAAUUUGAUUGUUUUCUUGGUUUUUGCAAAAGAAAGUUGUGUGAUUCACCACUUCUUACCUAAUUCAAUUAAAAUGAUGACGAUUAAUUAGAUUUUUGACAGUUCUAACGAAAACAAAACCAGAAAUCGUAAUAAUUAUUGUAGUUUUAGCUGGUCAAUAAUAUUUGAGUUUUGAUCCAAAUGUUUUUCUUCACAUGAAUCGGCAGCUUUUUCAUCUUAUAUUCUCUUUUCCUUUUUUCAUCAAACAUAUGAUAUUGUUAUUAUUAAUAUUAAACCUGACCACUUUCAAGGUGAACAUCAAUUUUCGUUUUCGCCUUUUUUGUUGUCCAAUCAGUUGUUUUCGUCAGAGAAAAAAAAGUUCGAUGUACUUGAAGAAAUAUAUUGUUUUUUUGGUCUGGUUCUUAGGAUUUAUCGCUUUUUUCUUCAAAAUGAAUCAAGUUAAUUUUAGUUUCAUUUUCCCAUAGAAAAUCAGAAAUUCUAAUUUUUGUUUCUCAUUUCACAUUUCCCAUUUUUGAUUUUUUUUAUUCUCAAAUAAAUAAUAUUCUUUUCAAAUGACAAAUUUUCAAAGUGUAAGUGCCUGAUUACUGUAGAAACAAAAAGUAUUCUGAACUUCGUAGUUCAAUUAAACUUUGAUUUUUAUUUGUUUUUUGCAGAGUUGGCAGUCGAUUGCAAUGGGUUGGGAUUCGAUAAGUUCGAUUGUUGCCAGAUUGUUAGCUGCAUAUCCAAUUCAAUCAUUAAUAUGUGAGUUAUUGCAAAAACAAAUGAUCACCUUUGAUAAUUGGGCAUUUUUUACAGUAAGUAUUCUGAUAAUUAUUGGUUUGAGCUCGGGUUUGGUGCAUUUGCGGCUGGAACAAGAUAUUAGGAAAAGUUUUUCACCCGAGAAUUCAGUGGCUGGAUAGUAAGUUUUUCGGAAGAAAAAUUAGGAUUUUGGGGUUCACCGAAUAAAAAAUUUGCAACAUUUCGAAGAAGUAUUUUUGAGAUUUUGAAUAGCAAGGAAGAACUUUCGGAGAUGAUAUCUAAGAUUGGAACAUUAACAUUACCACAAAUAUCUCCAAAAAAUAUCCCAAAAAAACCAACUUUAAAUAAUCAAAAAAACACAUCUAAAAAUUGACAUAAACAAAACUCCUCAUCCCUCCUGUUUAGCGUAAAUACACACAUGAUGAUUAUUCCCCCUCUCCAUUCUUCCCAUUGUCUAGUCUUCCAUUUUCUAGUCUUCCGUUGCCUAUUUCUUUUCUUUCCUUUUCUUUCAUUUCCUAUGCAGUUUUCGAAUUUAUGAUUUUUGUAGUUUUGUAUUUUGAAUUUUACAGUCCCUGAUGAUGGUAUAAUUACCGAAACGUCGGAUAUAAACACAUAUUAUUUUCGAACUUGUCGAUAUACAUAAUUGAUAAUUUGGCUCCAAUUCAAAAACUUAUUUUUGAGACGAUCACAAUUUCUGAACUUUUUUCAAAAACCAUAAUAGCUUAAUUUUUCAGAUCCAAAUCUAGAAACCCAAACCCAGAAACAGAAAAAAUCCCCAAAAUAAUGUUUUUUUCCAGUGAAACUCGUGUUUGGUUAGAAUAUUAUAAUCUUUCAAUAUAUCCUGAACGUGCAUUUUGUAUGUUCAAUGGAAUCGAUGAAAACACAAAUGUUUUAUCUGAAAAAGGUCUCGAAGAAAUUUAUCGAGUCGAUAAGGUUCUAUCAGCGGCUGUAAAUUAUCGAAAAGAAAUUAAUGAUUCAAGAGAAUGUGAACCACUUUGUGAUCUCAAUGGACCAUUUCAUUUGUUGGUUGUGAGUUAUUUUUUCAUGAAAAUCUGAAAAAAUUAAUAAAAUAUUCGAAGAUUUAUUUUUCUAGAAAGAAAUUCGUAAUCCAUCGUCAAAUAAUACUGGUAUUAUCAAAUUCCCUGAUUAUCCAUAUGAAGGAAUGAAUGUAUUUUUGGGUCUUCAUUUGAGUAAUUUGGAUGUAAUUCCACCAAAUAAUACUCUUUCUUCGAAAACUGUUUUAUUAUGGUAUUUUUCGAAAUCAAAAACCAAAGAAGGAAAACAACAAUUUCGAGAUGCCAUUGAAUAUUUGUUCAAAAUUUCCAAAGAAUCAACAUCUGAAUUUAAAACUGUAAAAUUCACAAUAUUCAGUGAUAUAAUUGCAAAUCGAGAAAUGAUUCGAGGAGCAAUUGAAGCAACAACUUUAAUGACUAUUGGAUUCUUCCUUUUAUUAACACAAGUUAUAAUUGUAAUUGUUAGAUUAUCAUCAUUUAAAAUGGCUGCAUAUUUAGUUGCAACAAGUCUAAUAACUCCAAUUGCAUCAACAGUUGCUUCAUUUGGAUUAAUGUGUUGGUUUGGUUAUCCAACAUUUUCAAUUCAAUGUGUUACACCAUUUUUGGCAUUAGGAAUCGGAGUUGAUGAUGCUUUUAUUCUUCUUCACAGAUGGAAACAUCAUAUUACUAUUGGAGAUAAGUGAGUGUUUAUUUUUUGGAAAUACUUUUUCAGAGAAAAAUAAUAUGAUUUAGAAAACGGCGUCUCGAACAAGUUAUUAUUGAUGUUGGACCUUCUAUCACAAUUACGUCUUUAACUAAUAUUAUUGCUUUUGGAAUCGGAUUUUUGACACCAACUCCACAGGUUAGAUUUUUAUUGAUAUUAGAAAAGAUGGCACAAAACUCUUCCGAUAAUAUUUUUGAAUUUAAAAUUCUUAAUCUACCGUAUUUCUCUCCAUAUGAGGAGAAAUAACUUAUGUUUUCAGAUGUCAUUAUUCUGUUUAACUGCCUCAAUUGCUUUAUUCCUUGAUUAUAUUUUCACUUAUACAAUUCUUGCUCCAGUUGUAUUUUUAUGUGAUGAUCCAAAAUAUCAACCAGUUGAUAAAUCAACUCUUUCAAAAGCCGAUAAUUUUUUGCUCAAAUAUUCCAAAUUCAUUUGCUCACUCAAAGGAAGACUUCUUUGUGGAAUUGUUUUGAUUGUUAUGUAUGCAUUUACAACAUAUGGAGUUAUUACAAUGAAAACAAGUUUUGAACCAGCAAAAGCUUUUCCAAGUAAUUCAAAAUUAGUGGAUGCAUUGGAAAAUAUCAAGUUAGUUCAAUUAUUGUUUAAUCAAACUAGAAUUAAACAUUUUGAAAUUUCAGACCAGUUUUCGAUACAUAUUUCCCUAUCACAAUUAUUGUUAAUAAACCACCAAAUAUCACAAAUCAUGCCGAAUAUCAACAUUUUUAUAGUCUUUUGAAUGAAUUAGAACAUGUUCAAGGAAUUCGAGGAAAUAAUAGAAGUCUCAAUUUUUUGCCGCAAUACGAAAAAUCAGAUAGAAAAAUACAUGCUUUAACUUCGUGGAUUCAUGGACAAAAAUAUGAGCCGAGUUAUGAUAAUUUGAAAUUUUGGUUGGAGCAAAUUGGAAAUCCGCCUUUGGCUAAAUUCGAAAGCGGGUAAGAGUUUUUCAAAUUGUUCCAAAAUAAUCGUUUAUUUUUCAGAAACGACAAAAAUGUGACAGCAUUUCGAAUGACUUUACUUGGAGAAGGAAUGUCUGAAUGGGCAGAAAGAGCACGUGUUAUGCAUCAAGUUCGAACAAUUCUAACAAAUGAUCAAACUUUUAAUGCAACAUUAUUUGAUUGUGAUUCAGCUAUUUUGAGUAUUAUUACAACUGUUGGACAGGAUUUGAUUGGAUCAAUUGCGGUUACGGUAAUUUGUAUGGCUUUAGUUUGUAUGGUGUUUGUUGCGAAUAUCAAUGCUGUUGUUAUUAUUACAUCAAUUAUUGCAUCUAUUUGUUUCGGUUAGUUUGGAUGAAAAAUAGUUAGAGAUUUACGUGAAAACUACAGUACUUUUAUAUUUUAUAAAAUUAAAAUACUGUACAAAUCAGAAAAAAAUCGGAGAAAAUUAAAAUCAAAAAUAAAAUUACUUGAAAAACCUAUAUUUUUUAUUAUAUUAGAAAUUUUCUUUCAGUAUUUCAAUUAAAAACUCUGAACUUGAUUCAUUUCAAAUAUAAAUUUGUUUUCAGUUCUUGUUGGUGGUUUGUCAUGGUGGGGAGCUGAUUUGGAUCCAGUUGUUCAAGUUGAUGUUCUUCUCGCAACUGGUUUCUCUGUUGAUUAUACAGCUCACGUUGCUUAUAAUUUCUUCCGAGCCACUGGAACUCCUCAAGAAAGAGUUUUAACAAGUUUAGCUGAAAUGGCUGAACCGAUGUUUGAAGCAGGUUUAUCAACAUUUCUUUGUAUGCUUCCAUUAAUAUUUGUACCAACAUAUGCAAUCGUUUGUUUUGCCAAAACAGUUUUUCUCGUUGUUGCCAUUGGUCUUCUUCAUGGUUUAUUUAUUCUUCCAGUUAUACUUGGUGUAUUUUCUUCUGAUUCUUCAAUUGAAAUGAAAUCUUUGCCGACAACAGAUCAGCCAUUAGUUUUUGUUCCAACUAAAGAAGAAGUACAAUAA